AUGAUUCCUAUAUGCCCUGUAGUUUCAUUCACCUAUGUGCCCAGCCGGCUUGGUGAAGAGGCCAAAAUGGCUACUGGCAACUACUUUGGCUUUACUCAUGGUGCUGCCGCUCAGUACAGCCAGCAACCAGCAUCUGGAGUAGCCUAUUCUCAUCCAACCACUGUGGGUAGCUAUACUGUUCAUCAGGCUCCAGUGGCGGCUCACACUGUGACAGCAGCCUACGCUCCAGCAGCAGCCACAGUUGCCGUAGCUCGGCCUGCUCCCGUUGCUGUGGCAGCUGCUGCGUCCGCAGCAGCUUAUGGGGGUUAUCCAGCAGCUCACACCGCAACAGAUUACGGCUACACUCAACGACAGCAGGAAGCCCCUCCGCCACCACCUCCAGUCACAACCCAGAAUUACCAGGACUCGUACUCCUAUGUCAGGUCCACAGCUCCUGCUGUAACAUAUGACAACAAGACUUACUACCAGCAGCCAACUGCAACUGCAGCAGCUGUAGCGGCAGCUGCGCAGCCUCAGCCGUCUGUGGCUGAAUCCUACUAUCAGACAGUUGCCCCCAAGGCUGGCUACAGCCAGGGUGCUGCUCAGUACACUCAAGCUCAACAGACUCGGCAAGUGACCGCCAUCAAGCCUGCCAACCCAAGUCCAGCAACAACUACCUUCUCCAUAUACCCGGUGUCCUCCACUGUGCAACCUGUUGCUGCCGCUGCCACUGUGGUUCCCUCGUACACACAGAGCGCCACCUACAGCACAACUGCUGUUACUUACUCUGGUGCGACAUACUCGGGUUAUGAAGCAGCAGUGUACUCUGCUGCCUCUUCCUAUUAUCAACAACAGCAGCAACAGCAAAAACAGGCAGCAGCUGCCGCAGCGGUGGCUGCCACUGCCGCCUGGACUGGGACCAACUUUACUAAGAAAACUGCUUUUCAGAAUAAGCAACUGAAGCCUAAACAGCCUCCCAAACCACCUCAGAUCCACUACUGUGAUGUCUGUAAGAUUAGCUGUGCUGGACCUCAGACGUACAAGGAGCAUUUAGAGGGCCAAAAGCACAAGAAAAAAGAAGCAGCCUUAAAAAGCCUCUCAAAACACAACCAGCAGCAGUACAGCAGUCCGUGGGACCCAGAACCAGCUCCGCUGUGAGCUCUGUGAUGUGUCUUGCACAGGGGCAGAUGCCUAUGCUGCCCACAUCAGGGGUGCUAAACACCAAAAGGUUGUGAAGUUGCACACCAAACUUGGCAAACCCAUUCCGUCAACAGAACCAAAUGUCGUGAACCAGUCUGUCACCUCUGCAGCUGUCUCCAAGCCAGCUGUCUCAAACAGUACAUCCAGCUCUAACGGCAGCUCCUCUGUCACCACACCUGCUGCAAAACUGCCCACGUCUACAUCCGGCUCAUCUGUUGGCAAUAUGAGCGCAAGCAAAAUGUCUAACAUCUCAUCUAACAACAUCGUUAAGAAAAUAACCACGCCAAAAAUAACUUUUGUAGUAGGUGGUAAUAAAUUGCAGUCCACUGGGAAUAAAAUUGAAGACAGCAAAAUGAGUGACGGUCUUAAGGUUACGCCUAGUUCCAGUGUGCAAUCACCAGAAACCAAGAUGGAUGCAAUGUCCGAAGCUGCUCAGACCCUUGCUGCUCUUCAGAGUGAUGUCCAGCCUGUGGGUCAUGAUUAUGUUGAAGAGGUACGAAAUGAUGAAGGAAAAGUUAUCAGAUUCCACUGUAAGCUGUGCGAAUGCAGCUUCAAUGAUCCAAAUGCUAAAGAAAUGCACCUUAAAGGGAGGAGGCAUCGGCUGCAGUACAAGAAAAAAGUAAACCCAGAUUUACAGGUGGAAGUGAAGCCAAGCAUUCGAGCCAGGAAGAUCCAAGAGGAGAAGAUGCGGAAACAGAUGCAGAAAGAAGAGUACUGGCGAAGGAGAGAAGAGGAGGAGCGGUGGAGGAUGGAGAUGAGGCGCUAUGAAGAAGACAUGUACUGGAGGAGAAUGGAGGAAGAGCAACAUCAUUGGGAUGAUCGACGAAGAGGACCGGAGGGAGGCUAUCACCAUGGUCCUCCAGGACCUCCUGGCUUAUUGGGAGUGAGACCAGGGAUGCCACCACAACCACAAGGACCAGCUCCUCUACGGCGACCAGAUUCCUCCGAUGACAGAUAUGUUAUGACCAAACAUGCUACCAUCUACCCAACAGAGGAGGAACUGCAGGCUGUCCAGAAGAUAGUAUCUCUGACUGAACGAGCACUGAAACUUGUCUCUGACUCUAUGGCUGACCAAGACAAAAGUAAGGGGAAAGAGACUGAUGAGAAGAAGGAUCUUAGCAAAGAGAGAGCGCUGAAGGGAGUCCUGCGUGUUGGUGUACUGGCUAAAGGAUUACUCUUGCGUGGUGAUCGAAAUGUCAGCCUGGUUCUGCUCUGUGCCGAGAAACCAACCAGGUCUUUGCUGACCCGUAUAGCGGAGAAUCUUCCCAAACAGCUUGCUGUUAUCAGCCCUGAGAAAUAUGAGGUGGCGUGUUCCAUCCCAGAAGCAGCUAUUAUUUUGAAUUCCUGCGUAGAACCUAAAAUGCAGGUCACAAUAACGCUGACCUCUCCAGUCAUGAGAGAAGAAAAAAACAUAAGGGAUGGAGAUGUAACCUCGGGUAUGGUGAAAGACCCACCGGACGUCUUGGACAGGCAAAAAUGCCUUGACGCUCUGGCUGCUCUCCGCCACGCUAAGUGGUUUCAGGCUAGAGCCAAUGGUUUGCAGUCCUGUGUCAUUAUCAUCCGUAUCCUGCGUGACCUGUGCCAGCGUGUGCCAACGUGGUCUGACUUUCCAAGCUGGGCAAUGGAGCUGUUGGUGGAGAAGGCAAUCAGCAGUGCCUCUAGUCCCCAAAGUCCAGGAGAUGCCUUAAGGAGAGUUUUCGAAUGCAUAUCAUCUGGUAUAAUUCUGAAGGGUGGUCCAGGCUUACUUGACCCUUGUGAAAAGGAUCCUUAUGAUACUCUGGCUACAAUGACUGAACAGCAGCGAGAGGAUAUAACUUCCAGUGCACAGUUUGCACUGAGGCUCCUUGCGUUUAGACAGAUCCACAAAGUCCUUGGUAUGGAUCCGCUGUCCCAGAUGAACCAGCGCUUUAACAUUCACAAUAACCGCAAGCGAAGGCGAGAUAGUGAUGGUGUGGACAGUUUCGAAGCCGAAGGGAAGAAGGACAAAAAAGAUUACGAUAACUUCUAG